ACAAUCUACGGUCAUUUCCUCCCCGUCUCUCCUCUUCUUCCUCCAUCAAUCUCUCUCUAGAUUUCCGCUCUCUACUUCCUCUCUGUAGGUUCUUUCCCUCUCAUGGCGAUCGCCGCAGAGACUCAACCUCAGGAGAAGGCUUCUUCAGAUGUUCCAGCAGUGGAGAAAAAAAGGUGGACCCUAAAUGACUUUGACAUUGGAAAGCCCCUGGGGCGAGGAAAGUUCGGUCAUGUCUAUUUGGCGAGGGAAAAGAGAAGCAAUCAUAUUGUGGCCCUAAAAGUGCUCUUCAAGAGCCAACUGCAACAGUCUCAGGUUGAGCAUCAGCUUCGCCGGGAAGUUGAAAUACAAAGUCAUCUUCGACACCCCAAUAUCUUGCGCCUUUAUGGGUACUUUUAUGAUCAGAAACGAGUGUAUUUGAUAUUAGAAUAUGCGGCCAAAGGUGAACUCUACAAGGAACUACAGAAGUGUAAAUACUUCAGUGAAAGGCGUGCUGCUACUUACGUUGCUUCAUUAGCUCGGGCUCUCAUAUAUUGCCAUGGGAAGCAUGUAAUACACAGAGACAUCAAACCUGAGAACCUGUUAGUUGGGGCACAGGGUGAACUUAAGAUUGCAGAUUUUGGAUGGUCAGUGCACACAUUUAACCGCAGAAGGACCAUGUGUGGCACACUGGACUACCUUCCACCUGAGAUGGUGGAGAGUGUGGAGCAUGAUGCUAGUGUGGACAUAUGGAGCCUUGGUGUACUUUGCUAUGAGUUUCUUUAUGGGGUUCCUCCUUUUGAGGCUAAGGAACACUCAGACACCUACAGAAGGAUUGUGCAAGUUGAUUUAAAGUUCCCCCCAAAACCAAUAGUCUCUUCUACAGCGAAGGACCUCAUCAGUCAGAUGCUGGUGAAGGAUUCUUCGCAGCGGCUCCCACUACACAAGCUCCUUGAGCAUCCCUGGAUCGUUCAGAAUGCAGAUCCCUCUGGUGUCUAUAGGGCUUGAUUCAAAUUGUAUGUUGGUCAUUUUUCAACAGGCCUCUGAUUGUAGCGAUUCAACAAGUUCUGGUUGAGUUUUUGGGUGAAUUGUGAUGGAAAAAAAUUUGAGUCUUUACGAAAAAUGGUGGUAUCUUCACUCAUAUCAUUUCAGUUUCUCACUUCUGUUCAAGUUCAUCGCAUUUUGUGUACCUGCAAGAAGCUCUUCUGUAUAAAUAAAACCAUAUUCUUUUGUACCUUAA